AUGACAACAAUAGAAUCGGAUCUACCAUCAUCACAAAUGGAUAAAGCAACUAUUGUUCAUGUUCGACUUGUAUUUCUUCGAAUAGGUGAAAUUGAUACAUUAAAUGAAAAAUAUCAAGCACAUGUAUCCAUUGAAUCUCGCUGGUCGAUUUUAUUUGAAAAAUUUUCAUAUAAAUUAUCAUCAGAUGAUCAACAACGUUUAAAUAAUGGAAAAUCAAUUUCA